UUAAGUGUUCUGUUAACGCGUUUUACCUCAAAUAUUUUAUAAAAUUUCAUCAUUGUUGUACGCGGCGUGUCCGAAGAAAGAGCAUGGCAGAUACCGGCAGUGACAAGAUCAGUAAAAGGCCUAGCAAGAAAUGAACUUGACCCAAAUGUUGAGCCUAGCCUUGCGUGCCUCGCGUAUUACCUUACCACACUGUGAGAAAAUAUGCCUGCUCACACGGCAGGCGAGGAGAAAUUCAUUAGGCCAUCAUGUGGUGUGCAGUGUUGAUGGUAGAAAUACAUUUUACCUACGCAAUUAUAGCAGUGAACAGAAGAGGAGAGCGAAAGCAGAAAAGAAGGCAAAGGAGAAAGAAGAGAAAGCAAGACUGGCACAGGAAGAGGCUAAGAACAAACCAGCUACCAAUGCCCCAAAGAAAAUAUCUGAAGAUGAAGAGACUUUGGAUCCAAAUCAAUACUUUAAGAUAAGGUCAAAGGCAGUUGCAGAGCUGAAAGCUGCAGGGGAUUCCCCUUACCCCCAUAAAUUCCAUGUGUCCAUUUCAUUAUCUGAGUUCAUUGAUAAGUACCAGGACACUGAGGUUGGACAGCAAUUAGAAGAUGUUGUCAACUUGGCAGGUCGAAUACAUGCGAAAAGGUUGCAGGGCAACAAAUUGAUAUUUUAUGACCUUAGGUCAGAGGGCAAGAAACUGCAAGUCAUGGCAAAUGCCAAGAAUUACACCUCAGAGGAUGAAUUCUUCAAAAUCAAUGAUAAAUUAAGAAGAGGAGAUAUUGUUGGUAUUGUUGGAAAUCCAGGCAAAACCAAGAAGGGGGAACUGAGCAUCAUUCCACAAACUAUGACCUUGUUGUCACCUUGUUUACACAUGUUACCUCAUCUGCAUUUUGGAUUAACGAACAAGGAAACCCGAUUUCGUCAGCGGUACUUGGAUUUGAUUAUGAAUGAUUAUGUCCGACAGAAGUUUAUCACCCGUGCUAAAAUAGUAGCUUAUGUUCGCAAAUUUCUUGAUGGCAUGGGUUUCCUUGAGAUCGAGACACCAAUGAUGAAUAUGAUAGCUGGUGGUGCAACAGCCAAGCCAUUUAUCACACAUCACAACGAGUUGAAUAUGGACCUGUUUAUGCGUGUCGCCCCUGAACUUUACCACAAGAUGUUGGUAGUUGGUGGAAUCGAUAGAGUCUAUGAGAUUGGCAGACAAUUCCGUAACGAGGGUAUCGAUAUGACCCACAACCCAGAGUUUACAACCUGCGAGUUCUACAUGGCUUAUGCUGACUACAACGACCUCAUGACAAUUACCGAGUCAAUGUUGUCAGGAAUGGUCAAGUACUUGACUGGCGGUAACAAAGUCACAUACCAUCCUGAUGGUCCUGAGGGCCAGGCCAUGGAAAUAGAUUUCUCACCACCGUUCCGUCGUGUCAGCAUGAUCGCAGAGCUAGAGAAGAUACUCAAGAAAAAGUUCCCACCUGUAGACCAACUUCAUACUGAAGAAACUUGUGAAUUUCUCGAUAAACUUUGUGUCGAGCUGCAAUGUGAAUGCGCACCACCGCGGACUACUGCAAGGCUCAUAGAUAAGUUGGUUGGAGAUUAUAUAGAACCCACCUGUAUCAACCCCACAUUCAUAAUGGACCAUCCUGAGAUAAUGAGCCCUCUAUCUAAAUGGCAUCGGUCAGUUAAGGGCUUAACAGAGAGAUUUGAACUAUUUGUAAUGCAGAAGGAGUUAGUAAAUGCAUACACUGAACUCAAUGACCCCGUAGUGCAAAGAGAAAGAUUUGACAUGCAAGCAAAGGAUAAAGAAGCAGGGGAUGAUGAAGCGCAGGCUACGGAUGAGAACUUCUGCACAGCUCUUGAGUAUGGACUACCACCCACUGGGGGCUGGGGCAUGGGGAUCGACAGACUCGCUAUGUUCCUCACAGAUUCUAACAAUAUCAAGGAGGUUCUUCUCUUCCCUGCCAUGAAACCAGAUGAACAGAAAGCACCAAUGGCAGACCAGAAAUCAGCUGAGAAAUCAAACCUCUUGCCAGCUCCAUAAGCAGAACCAAUGGCUCAAUUUUUUUCUAAAAAUCAUUAUUAUAUGUCUUGUAAAAUGAGAUCAGUUAUUAAGUGUGUAUUUACAAUUAUUACAAUCAUAAUUUUUGAUUGUUUAUUUUUUAUGAUGCAAUCAAAAAUCAUGACGAUAUUGAAUAAUUAUUAGGUUUUUGAUUAGUAAUUAUUAAAAUCGCCAUACCAAACUUGUGCAAAUAGUUCAAAAUAUUAUGAUUAGAAUUUAUUCACCGAUUUAAUAAUUGAAUUUUACACCAACGUGACGCUAUUAUCGAUUACCUCAUGAAUAACAGCUCUCCGUCCUUUGUAUUUAGCCUUCCCAUCAGGCACGCCAAUUUUAUGCAUUUUGGGAAGACAAGAGAAACAUUGCAUUAUUAAAUGCCAGUUAUUUCUAUUAUCAGAACUCAGCAAAGGAAUAAUUGUAAAGAGCAGUACAUUGCUCGACUGUUACGGCUCGGUGACAGCGUGCAUCACAUAAGAACACCAUUUACAAUCUGUUAUUUUCUUGAUACUUGCUUGAUGAUUUGGGUCAGAUUGACGGUUAAAGUCUUACAAAGAUCAAUUCAUUUCAUAUCAGAUGAUUCAUGUAUUACGGCAGAUGGUUGGAAAUCCGGUUGAAUUAUGUAGAAACAAUCAGUGCUUAUGAAUGCAAUGUAAUGUAAUAUUUUCAUAAAGUGAUGAAGACUGAGCACUUGACUGACUGCGGCAUAGCAUACUAUAUGGAACAUUUUUAUUUUUCACCCACUGAAAAUAAUCUAUCACCAGGGGCGGAUUUAGAGG